UGCGCUGCACAGCGCCUCAGGCUCAGUCAUGACGACGACGUGAUCGUGUCGGAUCGUGAGCUUGAACUUGAUGUCCGACUGACUGAGCAUGAGCGAUGAGUCUGAGUCACAGAUGUCUACGUCUGUAGCUGUCGGUCUACUCUGAGCUGAAAAGUGAGAACUGAGAAGUGAGAUCGUUACUAAUACAACUGCCAAAAAAGGAGAAAUUAACGUCAUGGGUUCUCAUUCUCAGGAAGAAAGCCAUGUUCUGGAAAUCAUCGUUUCACAUGGGCCACAUAAACAUUCUUUGAAUCUUGGAACUAAGGCUACCAUCGGUGAUCUUGGUAUGAAACUGGAAGAAUUAACUGGAGUUCCUGUUGCUGGUCAGAAGAUCAUUAAUAGAGGUAGAACUCUUGCAAACCAUGACCAACAGGUAACAGAGGCUGGUAUCAAGCAUGGAAGCAAGCUCAUGCUCAUCGGUAAAAAGUUCAAUCCAGAGGAGGAUGAUAACUACAAGCAGAUUGUUGAGGUGGAGAAAAGGAUUGUAGCAUUAGCAAAGAAACAGAUUGAAAUAUCAGAAGAAAUAACCGGUGUGCAAAAUGGUUAUCUACAGAAGGAUUUAGAAAAAGAUUCUUUGUCCAGGCUGUGUAAGAGAUUAGCAUCUUGUCAUGAGGAGUAUGUGCGAUUUCUUGAGAAAUUAGAUUCCUUGGAUCUAGGAACAUGUAACCAAUCAAUACGCAGGAAGAGAAAGGAUGUCAUUAAAGAUAUUCAAAGUCAACUAGACUCCAAUGAUUCCUUGAGUUCAACCAUUGACAAACUACAAAACACCAGUAACAGCUGAUCUACACUAAUGGGUCUACAUGUAUAGUGUAAAGUGAAUCCAAGAACAUCCAAAGACAGUUGGUCUUUAUGACCAGGUGGUCAGGUUCUUUUUAUUCAUGUUUAAAUGGAAGGAAUAAGGUGGUCCUUCUAAACACAUGGUCACUAAAUCAGGUUUGUCUGUAUAUUCUCAGGGCUGCAUCAUAUUUUAAGUGUAUAUAUCUCAAGGAGGAGAAUGUCAGGUGACAUUGUCAGGUGAUCAGUCAUAUGACAGUCUAUUACGAUCUUAUGGAUGAGGAGACCCAAGUGCAAAUUUGUAAAUCAGAUGCCUUUCUCCAAAAUUAGCAAAAAUUUUGCUCUAAAGGCGCUACAUCCAUAUUUGAGAACUGUUUCCUUGCAUUACCCACGGAUGGCCACGGAUCGAGAUUUUGGCUGGCACAUUUUGUUUAUCCUUGUAUUUUGCCACCUGGAAUAAUGGAUUCAAGAUCAGAUUAGAGUGUCCUCCACAGAUUACAUUGCAUCUUGAAAUCACAACAAAUUAGAUCAUCUGAGCAUAAAUAACAUCUUGCUUUGUAUAACAUGGCAAGUUUAGUCAGUAAUUUUAACUGCAUCGUGAUAUGAAUGAUGAGAGGGCAAUAUCCUCGAUUCUAAAACAUCAAAACUUUUGACAACAUAAUCCAUUCCAGCCUUGAACUUUGUUUGUUAUCCUUAUAUUUCCACCACAUAUCGCUACCCACAAAAUUAUUAAGGUCUAACCGAGAAUCACUCAAUGAAGAAAAUGAUAAAAAACUUUGUUCUUUUCUUCUGACAAAUUGAUCCCCAGCCCUAUGAUACACAAUACAGUCAUGAUCACUAUUGAAAAUACGUCUCCUGGUUUUAAAUUAUACAAAAUUUGGAAAAGAGAUUCCUGAUCUUUGUGAUAGUUUGGAACGUAAAUAUGACGUACUUGAAGUGAAUAAUUAUAAGUGUAGCAAACAGCUGAUACAAAAAGUCUUUAAGGAUUAUUAUGAACUUGUGAAAUGUUUGAUGCAAACUGAAAUGAAAAAGGUAUUGCCACUCCCGUUCCCCGGGAGGACAGAAAUUGGGAGGGAGAAUACUGAUCAUUUCCAUAAUAAUUUGAAUGAUAUAUAGUCAGGAUCUGACAAAUAUGUUUCUUGCAAGUGAAUGAUGUCAAGUUUUAAAAUGUAUAACAAAGCAAUCAAGGUCCUGGGUUUUGGGUCACGUAGACCAUGGACAUUGAAAGUUAUUGUAGAUGUAAUCAUUGUAUUCAUUGUCAUGUAGUGUUAUAGAAGAAAAGGGCACUCAAAUGCAUAAAGGGCUAAGGACCAUUAACUUUUCUCUGUUUUCCUUUUAAGAAACUGACGUUAUUUAAUUCCUCGUCACAAAGGGUGCCUUUUCUUGGUUUCCUUAUCUUUAGAGAGUGGAUAUAGGAAACCGGGCUAUGCUUACCUAGUACCUUUAAGUGCUGCCCACUGCCUCUUCUUCAUCUCCUAACUCAUUUUAUCCAAGUCACUUGAUUCCAUUAGUUGUCAUCAAAGGUCAACUUUUGACGCUUGUGAUUCAGAUUGAAACUUAUUUUCUGCUGUCUAUAUUAUCUCUUUAAAUAGGAGAUAGUUCUCUAGUUGGCUUGAGGUCAAUAGAGUACCGAAGCAAUGACGUCAGUUGCCAUGGUGUCAUGGCAGCCUGGUUCUAACAAAUGAACCUGCCAAAUGAAAGCAUGUGUUUCUCAUAGGAGAAAAUGGCUGCUAUCGGAAUUUGAUUGCUUGCAUCCCAUUUUUCAGAUGAGCCAAAGUCAUACAAAUGUGUACAGACAAUCGUCAGUUGCGACUCUGUUUAGAACCAGCCCGCCAUGACACCAUGGCAACUGACAUCACACUUCGGUGCUCUACAGGCCCUUCUCACAUGGAGCAUUGUGGCCCAGUGGAUUAGUCUCCGGACUUUGAAGCAGAGGUUUGUGGGUUCGAAUCCCAGCCAUGGCAUAGUUUCCUUCGGCAAGAAAUGUAUCCUCAUUGUGCUGUACUCGACCCAGAUGAGGUGAAUGGGUACCCGGUAGGAUUUAUUCCUUGAAUGCUUUAGCGCCUAUUAAUAUGGCGGCUUAGCUACAGCCGGGGUAAUAAUAUGAUACCAAGUAUCAAAGCGUAGUUGAGUAUAUGUAAAUAGUAACUGUGCUAUACAGUGCAUAUCAAAAAAAAGUUUACACUUAGAAAAAAUCCUGUAAAAUUAUAUAUUUGUAAUAUCC